AGGGCCUCGCUCAGAAAUGGAGGAGGAGGAUCCGCACGAUCGAUCCAAUGGUCCAAAUGAUGAUGAUCACAUCAUCACUGAGAGUGCUGCAGUUGUGCGUGAUGAACCUCUCCGAGAUGACAAAGGUCCCCCGAAAGUUGACCAUGAGGUGGAGGUCCUUCACAAGAAAGUCAAGAAGCAAGUCAUUAAGGAGGGUCAUGGUCAAAAGCCAGCAAAAUUUGCGACAUUCUUUUCUAAUGCACUAUAGGGCAUGUGUUGAAAACUCUUCACACAAAUUUGAAGAUGGCUGGAGCAGCGACCGGUUGAACUUAUCUUGGGAAAAGAAAAAAACAGAAAUGACGGGGUUGAGCAUUGGUGUUGCAAGCAUGAAGAAUGGAGAGCGUGCCCUGUUGCAUGUGGGUUGGGAACUAGGCUACAGAAAAGAAGCAAGCUUUUCAUUCCCAAAUGUGCCCCCUAUGGCAGACCCUUUGUACGAAGUUGGGCUUAUUGGUUACGAUGAGCCAAAGAAGGGAAAGCCCAAAGUGACAUGAUGGUAGAGGAAAGAAUUCCAGCAGCAGAUAGAAGGAAUAUGGAAGGAGAAUCUUAGUUUAAGGAAGAAAAGCUUGAGGAGCCAUGCUACAGCAAUAGCAUAUAUGGGCGAUGGCUUCGUGUUCAGUUGUUUGGAAAAUACAGGGACAUGGCCUUGGCUGUGAAAAAUCCAUGUCAUCUUAACAUGGCUGCAUGCUUAAUUAAGCUAAAUCGAUAUGAAGAAGCCAUUGGACAAUGUACUAUUGUAUUAUCAGAAGAUGAAAACAAUGUGAAAGCAUCAUACAGACGAGGAAAAGCCAGAGCACAACUUGGUCAAACUGAUGCUGCCAGGGAGGACUUUCAAAAGGCCAGAAAAUUUGCUCCAGA